GCUGUCUCGAGAGGCUUCGACCGAACAGUGAUGAGAAUAUAUAUAAAUGGCGACGCUGAACUUUCGCCACCUCACUCCUCUCGUCUCAUAUAUAUCUCCUCCUCAGAAAUCACUCCUCGGCAGUUCGUAUUUCCGCACGCCCAGUGUUCGUAGAAUCAAUCGCAUCUACACUUCGAUCAUGGCUUCCGCUGCAGAUAAGAAGGUUUUGGUGCCGGUGGCCAACGGUACGGAGCCGCUGGAGGCAGUAGUAACGAUCGAUGUGCUUCGUCGAGCCGGCGCCGAUGUCACGGUAGCGUCGGUGGAGAAGCAGCUUUGCGUUGACGCGUGCCACGGUGUCAAAAUCGUCGCCGAUGCUCUGAUUUCUGAUUGCACCGAUACUGUUUUUGAUCUUGUAUCUCUUCCUGGAGGAAUGCCUGGCGCAGCCACCUUCAAGGAUUGCAAAACACUUGAAAGCAUUGUGAAAAAACAGGCUGUUGAUGGUCGACCAUAUGCUGCAAUAUGUGCAGCUCCUGCUGUUGCACUUGGUUCAUGGGGCCUGUUAAAGGGAUUGAAAGCAACUUGCUACCCAUCUUUUAUGAACGAGCUGUCAUCUGCUGCAUCUGCUGUGGAAUACAGGGUGCAGCAGGAUGGCAAAGUACUGACGAGUCGUGGACCUGGAACGGCAUUGGAAUAUGCUGUUGCUCUGAUUGAAUUGCUGUAUGGAAAAGAAAAAGCUGAAGAGAUUUCUGGGCCACUGGUCAUGCGAUCAAACCAUGGGGCUGAGUAUACUUUCAAGGAACUAAACCCAGUCAAGUGGGAGUUUGAUGGUUCUCCCAAGAUCCUUGUGCCAAUUGCUAAUGGAACUGAGGAGAUGGAAGCUGUAAUCAUCAUAGAUGUACUCCGACGAGCAAAAGCUGAAGUGGUGGUGGCAUCAGUCGAAGGAACCCUUGAAAUCUUGGCUUCUAGGAAAGUUAAACUCGUUGCAGACGUUCUCCUGGAUGAAGCCAUCAACAGCUCAUAUGACCUUAUAGUUUUACCAGGUGGACUGGGCGGUGCUCAAGCUUUUGCAAACUCAGAGAAGCUCGUGAAUCUGCUCAAGAAGCAAAGAGAAUCAAAUAAACCUUACGGAGCAAUGUGUGCAUCCCCGGCUUUAGUCCUUGAGCCCCAUGGUUUACUGAAGGGCAAGAAAGCCACUGCCUUUCCUGCAAUGUGCAACAAACUGUCCGACCCAAGCGAAGCAGAGAAUCGAGUAGUUGUGGAUGGCAAUCUCGUCACUAGCAGAGGACCCGGAACUACCAUGGAGUUCGCCCUUGUCAUUGCUGAAAAGUUUUUUGAUCGAUCAAAGGCCCUUGAGGUGGCAAAGACCAUGCUUUUUGUGCAGCACUAGAUUUUGCAGGUUUUUACCAUGAGUCGAAUGAUAGCAGGUAUGUAACCUUUGAUGUAAUAAAAACUUAUGAUCGGUUCUAUCUUCUUCUAUUAACAUAUAGUGCUCACUGCUCAUGGCUCCUAUCUUGAUAUACAUAUAUUUGAAAAUCCCUGAAUUCAAAUCUGA